GGGGACUGAGCGGGGCCGGGCCGCGCCGGGCCGCAGCCGCGCUGGUGGGGGUGGCAGGGCCGAGGGGGGCUCGGAAUGUCGGCGUUCUCGGAGGCGGCGCUGGAGCGGAAGCUGUCGGAGCUCAGUAACUCGCAGCAGAGCGUGCAGACCCUGAGCCUGUGGCUCAUCCAUCACCGCAAGCACUCGGCGCUCAUCGUCAGCGUGUGGGAGCGGGAGCUGCGGAAAGCAAAACCAAAUAGGAAGCUGACGUUCCUGUACUUGGCCAAUGAUGUCAUACAGAACAGCAAAAGGAAAGGACCGGAAUUUACAAAAGACUUUGCUCCAGUAAUAGUGGAGGCUUUUAAGCAUGUUUCAAGUGAGUCUGAUGAAAGUUGUAAAAAGCACCUUGGCCGAGUGCUGUCUAUCUGGGAAGAGAGGUCUGUUUAUGAAAAUGAUGUAUUAGAGCAACUUAGGCAAGCUUUGUAUGGAGACAGAAAAGUGAAGAAGCGUACGUAUGAACAGAUAAAAGUUGAUGAAAAUAACUGUUCACCUCGAAGUUCUCCCACUGACCCUCCACAGACCAUGGAUCUCAUUAGAGCAUUGCAAGAACUAGAAAAUGCUGCUUCUGGGGAUGCAGCAGUUCAUCAGAGGAUAGCUUCUUUGCCUAUAGAGGUCCAAGAUGUGUCCCUGUUAGACAGGAUAACAGAUAAGGAAUCUGGGGAGCAACUUUCCAAAAUGGUAGACGAUGCAUGUAUGUUGCUGGCGGAUUACAAUGGCAGGUUGGCAGCUGAAAUAGAUGAUAGGAAACAGCUGACUCGAAUGUUGUCAGACUUUCUACGAUGUCAAAAAGAAUUUCUUGCAGAGAAGGAACAUAAGCUGGAAGAAUACAAACGCAAGCUAGCCAGAGUGUCCCAAGUACGGAAAGAACUCAGAACACGCAUCCAGAACCUGCCUGACCUCUCUCGACUUCCCAACGUCACGGGCAGCCACGUACACCUACCAUUUGCAGGAGACAUCUACAGUGAUGACUGACUGCAGGAAUACCCUUCCGUAACCUCUACUUUUCUGUGAAAUGAGGGGUAGGUCAGACUGAUUGGUACUCUUGUAGUAUUAUUUUUGUAUAUUGUUGGAGAGCGUCAGUAAAAAUACUCUAAUAAUUUAUUAAAAAAAUGAUUUAAAAAGCUGAUUUGUUUACUAUUUUAUUGGCAAGUGAACAUGAGGGUACAUUUAUAGAAAGUGGCAUCUGCAUCUAUUAUAUUAAAGAAUGGGUAACUAUCUUAUCUUUUGUACAGAUUUUGGUUGGGUGCCCUAUAAAAAAAAAAAAAAACAACAACAAAAAACUUGCUAAGAUUUUUUUCCUAUAUACCCUAUAUUUAAUGUAGAUCAACGUGUUAUCAAAGCAUACUUCUAACUUGAAACGUUUCAGUUGCUAGUGAGGGAGUGAAACAUGGAAACCACAAGCUUAUGUUUGCAAGACUGAUGCAAUUUAAUGCAAAGUUGAAAGUAAUCUUACUGUCCAUUAUAUUUAAAUUACCCAAUCUUAAAAUAAGUCAGGUGGUUUAUUUUGAUGUAAAUGUUAGUAACCAAUUUUGUGCUGGAAAACAUUAAUCAUGUUAGACUGAGUAGGUCUUUAAAUGACUCAAAAUGUUGCAAUAUGUUAUUAUCAUUUAAAAGUCAGCAAAAGAAACUAUACAAUUGACCAUUUUAAUUAGGUUUCAAAAUGGGAACUUUUCUUUUUACAUCUGCUUAGUUUCUAAAUUGAGGAACCAUUCAAUUAUACCGUAAUCCCUUUCUGGAAUACCUGUCUCAGACUAAAAAGGUUAAUUCCAGAAAUGUGGAGGCAUUUUACAACUUUAAUUAAAUUGGAAGGUCAUUCUGUGAACGAUCCCAAUUGUUAAAUGCACAUUACUAAAUCUGACAAUGCUAUAUACCAUUUAUACAUGCAGCUGCAUGGCACAGCCAAGUGGUAAGCUGUAUGGAAGCUCUGGGCCAAGCCAUCCUCUUCCACUGCGAAACCCCAGGGAUCAGCAUAGGCUUCCAUUGUCCUAUCUCCACCUCUCCAGCAAACAUUUCUAGAUCUUGAUGGUGUUUUCUCAUGAGGAAGAGAGGAGGUGGUUCAGGCCAGUGUUUGAGUUGAAGUAUGGAAAAUUAUUGCCAAGUGUGCAUUUUAAAACAACAAACACAACCAACGAACCCUUUGCCUGUCACAAAUGUGAUACUCAUCUACAGGUGUUCAAGCUUGUGAAAAUUCCUUGUUUCAGUAUGAUGCACCAGCUUUUAAUUUCACUUAAAAAUCCAAAGAUAUAGACAGGCAUGUAGAGGAUUGACAGGAAGUUUACGUUUUUCAGUCAUCUGGAAUUAGACAUUUAGUUGUUGAGGAAUGAUUCAAAAAAUGCCUCCCUGUAUCCUUUGGCAUUUAGAUGACCUUAAAAACCUAGUCUGCAAGUGUUUUGAGUUUGAUGGAUCAUCUGAGUAUUCAUUAAUAGCAUUUUGUUCAUGGAUUUGCAUUAGUUCAGUUUAGAGUUCACAGGCUUAUCUUCUACGUGAAAGCAAAUUUUAAAAAGUAAUCUAUUUUUCCUUUUCAAAAACUACAGUGAUUCAGAAUAGUCCUGGAAUUAAGUUUUUGAUGCUGGAGAGUGAUCUGUCACUUCUGUUUGACUUCCACAGGGCCAAUCCCUGGAACGUUCUAUGUGUAGAAUAACAUUUCUUUUCAAAAUAUUUACACCUGCACAUAAACACCCCAGUCCAAUUAGCUUUUCUCAUGGAAGACAUGAAUUAGACUUCAGUUCAAUAGCGGAAAAAAAAGAAAGGAAAAAAAAACCCAAGCUGUUGACCAAGCAUUCCACAGCACGCAAUGUAAGAAUAUUAAUGUCAUCACAAGUUCUAACUGCUGACAGGAAGGAAUGCUGAAAGUAGUUCAUGUGAGCUCACUGAUGGUCCAAAAUGUGUAAGUUAACUAUUGUUAAUCCAGAAAAGCGUUCCUUUAGUUUAGAUCUAAUAUAUGAAAUUAAGUAACACUUCUACCCAUCUUUUCAGCUUACAUUUAUGCUGAGAAAAUGAACAUGCAGAUAAUAUUUAUGCAGUUUUAAUAUUUCUGUUGCAAUUUGUUAAAACCGAGCUUGUAAAUUGUAGAAAUCUGUGUAUGUGCAUUACAGCUGUGAUUUAAGUUCAGCUUUGCUAAAGAAUAGCACUGAAUUUAUUACAAGUAUUAGAAUAAUACAACCCAUUAAGAACUAUAAAACAAAUUGUAGAACAGGAAGGGUAAAUAGUGAGUUCACUGUUGAAUCCCAUCCGUGGAAAUCUUAAUUUGUACCCAGAGGUGAUGACAAAUGCGGUGCCAUGGCUCGCUAGAGCCCAUUGAAGGAUCUAAGUCAUGGAUACUCAAAACCAGAGGGAAUAUAUCAAACUUAAACUAUCUAUUCUAAUGUACCACUUUGAAGGAGAAACUGGUACUGUCUGGAAUAGCUACAAGUAAAACAUAAAUUGGUGAAAAGUCAACAUUUGGGAAAGUUUCUGUAUUUCUUUAUUAUUUUUUUUUGUUGUUGAAAAUGAACUUCAUACCCGUUUCUGCUUAUAAUCAAAAUCAUAUUCCAUAUUUUUUUAAGAGUAUGUUAAUUAUUUUCCAUUCCAAAGCUGAGUUCCAAAGCUUCAUAGGAAUACAAAGGCAGUUAUGACUUUCAAGGAAGAUUCAGCUGUCUUAAUUGUUAGACUUUUUUUCUCAGCUUCAUCUGUGGGAACUCUUGGGAUAGAGUUGGGGCUUCAAAUUUAAAAAAAAAAAAAAACAGACUUAUUUACUGAAUGACUUCUUGAAGUUUGAGGUCUUGGAAAGACUGAAAGUUGCUGUUCUGCCUUCAAGGUUUUUCCUUAAUUUGUAAAUCUUAGGUUAUUGGAGGCAGAACCUUUUCUAUUUGAUUCUCCAUUGAGGGAUCCUUAGCUGCCUUUCCCACUCCUCCGUAUGAAACGCUGCGCAUCACACUGGGACUCUUUUACUACCUUAAUUAAAAUAUAAUAAUGAAGCAGAAUGCUGAAUUUCCUUGACUUCUCAAGAGCAUUUAAAAAGAUACAACACUUACUUCACUAGAUUUGUUUUCCCUGUUUGUAGCAUUAUCUUUGUAAUAAUUUUGCUUAUCUAAAGAUAAUACGGAACUGAUAAAAGAAUUAGGAAAAAUCUCAACUUUUUUUCUUGAUGUAUAUAUGUUUUAAUUUUGAGAGAGUGUUAUUUUAUGUACAUAUUUUUUUUCUUUAUUUUACUGUGUUCAUUGUUUACUUCAAGGAGUAUUUUGUAGUUGUACUUUCGGAAAUUAUCCCUCAAAAUUUGUUUGGAAAAGAGGACUUACCAAAGGUAAACGUCACUCUUACGGCAGGUGUCUUAUGUUAGUGGCUGAAUGGUAUGUUGUUGGGUUUUUUUUGUUGUUAUUUCUACGGGAAAGGCAUUGUGUAUCAACUAGUUAGAAGAUAUAUAUUGUAACUGCAAUAGUAUAAUAGGAGAUAACAUGGUAUGAUACAAAUGCAGUCCUGUAGUAUCAAAAGAUACCUCCAAAUUCUCAGGUUCCAAAGCUUAUUGUGUAUACUUCUGACAUCUCAGGAAGAAAAGAGGCUGGGUGGGGAAAGUGAGUGCCUAGAAGCUAAAAGGGGAAGAAAAUGCCUGAGUAGGAAUAAGAAGCAAAACAAAUGUCAGUGCUUGUCAAAAUGGAAAUCACAGUGUGAAACCGAGCAGCACAAUGCUUUUUACCUGUUGAUGGGAUUAUACAGUGGAACUACUCUGGGAGUGUUACCACACUGUGAAACAUGUGGGUGUACCCUGCCCAUCUCUUCUAAUGUGGUAUGACUCUACCCGCACCAGAAUGCCCACCCUACGAAAGGCACAAAUAUGAAAUGUCUGAACAUGUUUCAUUUAAUAAUAAAUCCUAAUGAUCAGAUUAUUUGCUUCACUGUAUUGCACUUUUAUUGAGCAUUCUUUGAGAGGAGAAAAAAAAAAAGCAAAGACAAUCCUGCAGCUCUUUGCCACAUGAGAAUGCUCACCUUGGAGGUCACUGGGACUGCUUGUGUAUUCUAGUGUUUGCAGGUUCAAGCUGUAUUUUUGCAAAAUGUUUUGAAAUCUACCAAGAACAUUACCCCACUUCUCUGGUUUUAGGAGUAAAUGUGAAACCCUUAAUUAUAACAAUUAUGAUUCUUAGAAACUGUGUUUCAUUGUUCCUUUUGAAAAUUAAAGUAUAUACUGCGGUAACAUUAGCUUGUCUGUCGCGCUCAGUUAACGUUUAUAUACAUUGAAGCACCUCAGCUAAUCCCUAUGAACACAAGCCAAAUGUCAUGCUUAUUAUGUAUUUUAUGUGAGUAGUCUUCUGAAUGUCAAACAGAGAUCUUUCAUUAUAACAAAUAUACAUUCCUGUUUUCCUGAAGUUUUAAAAGAUAAUGUUUUAGGAUUUUAACAGACUAAUAUUCUCUCCUUUACCAGUGGCAGCUCAGUCUGGUCAUUUAGUGAUUGCCCCAAUUACAUGUCUAGGAUGCAGUAGUCCCCUGCACAGAUGAACUUGGAGACCGCAUGUAGGCUUGACUGGCUCUCUGCAGAGGACGAAUCCUAUUUCAACCUUCUGAAACGUGAGCAAAUGAAUAGAUUCAUGUUUUUUCUUAUUGGAAAGAUUGGUGAAAUAGGAAACCAGCACGUCUAAAAUUUGGCUGCUACGUUUAUAAAUAUUUAGGGCCAGUUCUGCUCACUGCUCAUGCAUAUAAUCGCAGUGACUAUUCCUGCAAGUAAAGAAAGCAGAUUCAAAUGUAAUGUCUAAAUAAAGUGAAUUAUAUAUAUUUUUUUCAUGAAUGACCAAUUUUGUCUCAGCUCCUAUUUCAGUGUGUCAUUUAUCUUAAGUAGAUCUCUUCCAUCGUGUUACUUAGAAAUCUAAUUCUAAUUUCAUCUUUACAACAUUUGAAGUAUCCUACUAAGCAUGAUGUUUUUGUGGGAAUUUGCAGAAGUUCAAUAGCACUCUUUGUUAUUUGUUUGCAACAGAAAUAGACACGUUUGUUAAAAGCUAACCAGAAAAGUUUGAAAUGUAAAGAUGUUUCAUUAUUGUGUUCUUCUGACAGAUUGUGUAAUCCUUGUGUAAUUUAUGUCCUCAAAAUAACACCUGUAUCUAUGCUCUUUCAUAUUUAAUAGAAUAAAACCUUGUUGUAAAAUA